AUGGUCUCUCGCUCUCUCCUGCUGGUUCUGCUUGUCCUUGCUUGUGCUCAGUUCUUCACAACAGCCUACAAUGGAAAUGGACCAAAACGAUGCUGUUUUAAAUACCAGAAGACACAAAUUCCUGUAGGAAUCAUUACAGAUUAUGAAGUAACAGAGCAUCAGUGUACAAAACCUGGAGUCAUUUUUACCCUAGUGAAUGGCCGCCGUGUGUGUGCAGACCCCAAGGUCAAAUGGGUGCAGGAACACAAGAACACAAUUAACCAGCUCCAUGUUCAACAAGCCUGA